UGUCACACAGCCAGGAUGUGAACCCUCUGGAAAUAAAUGAAGACCACGAAAAGGACAACACACACCUCCCAGGGGAUUUAUUUAGGGGGUAUACUUUGGUUUCUACAGGUGUCUCCAUGGAAGCCAUCCUGAAACUCUUUGGAGAAUAUUUCUUUCAGUUCUGUUAGAUGUCUGGCUGUGACAGGAUGCUACGGACACUGGGAGGAAAUCUCAUGGAGUUUAUUGAAAACCUGGAUGCCCGCCACAGUUACCUGGCAAUCUCUUAUCAGGAGAUGCAUGCACCAUCGUUUCGUGUGGAGAGAGGAGCAGAUGGAAACAUGUUUCUCCAUUACUACUCAGAUAGAAGUGGUCUGUGCCAAUUGUACCCAGGUAUCAUUGAGGCUGUGGCCAAAGACUUCUUUGACAUUGAGGUAACCAUGGACAUUCUUGACAUGAAUGAAGAGUGGAGAGGACAGGAAAAGGAGCAUGUUGUGUUUCUGAAGGCUUAGAAGAUGAGAAAGGCAAAGUCAAAAAGGCUACAAGACACAGGCAUCGAGAGAGACCAAGAGGCCCUCCAGGCAGCUUUCCUCAGGAUGAAGAAGAAAUAUUUGAAUGUUUCUGCUUGUCCUGUGAAAAAAUCCCACUGGGAUGUUGUGAGAAGCAUAGUCAUGUUUGGAAAAGGGCAUCUCAUGAAUGCCUUUGAGCCCAUUUAUCCUGAGAGACUCUGGAUUGAAGAGAAGACAUUCUGCAACGCUUUUCCUUUCCACAUUGUAUUUGAUGAAUCACUACAGGUAAAGCAAGCUGGAGUGACAUUCAGAAGUUACGUGCCAGGACUCCAAACCCAGAAGAUUCAACUGGAUAAGUAUUUCUCCAUCUUUCAUCCUCAAGUUACCUUCAACAUUUUCAGCAUCUGCAAAUUUAUCAACAGUCAAUUUGUCCUGAAGACACGAAGAGAAAUGAUGCCUGUAGCAUGGUAAAGUCAGACCACACUCAAAUUUCGAGGCCAGAUGAUCUGGAUGGAGUCCAUGCAGUGCAUGGUGUACCUGUGCUCUCUGAAGCUCCGCAGCCUGUACGAGCUGGGACUCAAUAUGCAUCUUUCUGACAGACCCGAUGACACCACCAGGGAUCUCAUCCUCCUGAACCAGCAGCGGCUGGCUAAGAUAGAGUUGUCCAACCAGCUGAAAAUGAAGAAGAAGGAAGAGCUACGGGUCCUCUCCAAGCACUUGGCCACUGAAAAGAACAAAACAGAGACCUUGCUUUAUGCCAUGCUGCCCAAACAUGUGGCCAACCAGUUGAGGGAGGGCAAAAAGGUGUCUGCAGGAGAAUUUAAAAGCUGCACGAUUCUUUUCAGCGAUGUGGUGACAUUUACUGACAUCCGUGCUGCCUGUGAACCUAUACACAUAGUGAACAUGCUGAACUCCAUGUACUCCAAGUUUGACAGAUUAACCAGUGUGCACACAGUCUAUAAAGUAGAAACAAUAGGAGAUGCAUAUAUGGUGGUAGAAGGAGUACCAGUGCCUACUGGAAGCCAUGCUCAAAGAGUGGCUAAUUUUGCCGUGGGGAUGAGAAUUUCUGCAAAGGAAGUGAUGAAUCCUGUUACUGGAGAACCCAUCCAGAUCAGAGUGGGGAUCCACACUGGACCAGUCUUAGCAGGUGUUGUAGGAGACAAGAUGCCACAGUACUGCUUGUUUGGUGACACUGUGAACACAGCUUCUAGGAUGGAAAGUCAUGGGCUUCCCAACAAAGUGCACCUCAGCCCCACAGCCUACAGUGCCUUAAAAAAUCAAGGGUUUGAAAUCACUGAGAGGGGUGAAAUCGAAGUGAAAGGUAAAGGGAAAAUGACCACAUACUUUUUGAUCCAGAACUUGAAUGCCACAGAGGACGAGAUCAUGGGGAGAUCUAAAACCCCACUUGAUCACAAGGGGUCAACACAGAUGGUGUCCCUGCCCACCACCAAGCUCCGAGACUCAGUUCAACCAUCUUGCCCUGAACACUCUUCUCUUGUAUCCUGGUUAUGAUGAUGUUCUUUGAGCUGGGCGGAUAAAUCCAGCUGAAGAGUUCUACAUACAUUUGUCUUAAGGUUCUUCU